AUGGCAUUUGUAAGGUCUCGGAAAGGGUACUGGGAUGGUAUCUACGAACCCUCGGAGGAAGUACUCAGCGCACUCGGCAGGGUAACUGCUGUUCAGAAAAAAGGUCAUCACCACCAUGGGUCUAUAAUGGAUAUAUCGACUGAGGAGUUAGUUGAUAUCACAGAUGAGUCAGUCCUGAGUGUGAAGGAGGGAGAAGGGCAGACGAAGAAGAGGCUACUACGAAGGAUGCCCAACCCACCCUACGAUGAUGUCAUCAUGAGUGUAGCAGUAGAGGGAUAUUCAAUAACAACAGGGGAGGAUCCGGCUCCGGAGGUCGGGGAGGAGCCUAUCUCGACUCUGGCCGGUCUGAGCGCGCAGAGCCCCUUCAUCACGCUGAAGUCGAAGCUAGCAGAUGAGAAGCAGAUGAUUUUGAUGAGCGAAGGGAAAGACGAGUUGGAGAAGAAGACGAACCUCUUAGUUCAAGAUUUGUCCCUCAAGGUUGAAGCGGAGGCGCCAGUUCCUCAAGGAGGAAAGGAUAAGAAGGCGGCAGCAACAGAGGGAGAAGUAAAGGAGGGGAAGAGUGAUGUGGAAAUGGAAGUACUGUUCCCGAGGUUUACGGUGUUUUUGACGGGAUCUACGAAGGGAAGGGAGAGAGAGGAUUCUGAGGGAGAGAAUUACAUCCAGGAGGUGGUGGUUGGGGCGAAGCUGUCGGGUAAGUUGAUACGUGGUAAACCGUACGUGAGUGAGGAGGAGAAGGAGAGAUUAGCGGAGGAGAAGAUUGCUAUGGAAAAGGAGAUGAAGAAGGCUAAGAAGGGUAAGAAGAAAGGAGGAGCAGUGGUUGUGGAGGAGCCUCCUAUGAUCAAGGAGUACUCUUGGGAGGUGAGUAAUUUGGGAGGAGUAGCGAUUGAUGAGGUUAUGGAGGAAGCACCUAUGGGGGAGGAAGGGACACCACCGGCAAUAACGAUGACGGACCUUUGGGGGUAUAUUGAGGAAUGGGUUGAGUCGACGGGGUCGGAUCCAGAGAGCUGGGAGAUCAUCAUGGUCAGGACUAAGCCGGUGGAGAAGCAGCAGCAGGUGACUGAGGUCAUUGCUAUUGAGAUGGGUUGGCUUAUGGUAUUGGACAUGGCAGAGAGGGAUGAGGAGGAUGUGAUGGAGGCAUUAGCUGUGUUAUGCGAUGGAGUUGCUGUAAGGAGGCUCCGCCCGAUAAGCUCCGGAGUUCGCUUCAAUCGAACAUACAUCAACUUUAGGAUGUCCCCGGACACAACAGGAGUGGGAUCGCUGAGCAGUGAGGAUCUGCUGACUCAAAUGGAGGGAGAGUUGGGUGGAGAUCCCUCGCAGGAAGGGAGGGUGAUAGAGUUCCUACGUAAAUUGAAAUUGACGGAUGAAAUCGACGAGGAUGACACGGACACUCGUCCCUCCGACGUUGAAGACGAUGGCGAGGGGUCUGCCAGCAAGUCGACGUUUAAAUUCUCCAUCCAGCGGACCUUCGAGAAAUCGGUGGAUGAUGGUGAGAAGGUCAAUGAGUACGCCAAGGGACGACCGGUGGGUGCUAUGGCCAGGGAGGAUAGGAGAGGGGAGGCAGAAGAGUAUACGGUACUCGCUUAUCUCGGCAAUCUUGGUGUAAGUGGGGGAGGACUGAUGACUUGUCGGUUUGGUCAUGGGGUAUCUGUGAGAAGCAUGGAUGAGCUGAAGAGGGACGUGAAGGAGCUACGAGGUCUAGGUGAAGAUGACAACCCUCUUUGUGCUAA